GGGUGUAUAACGCAGAAGUUUGUUUGACGGCUCAGACUCAGACGAAUCCUGAACCUGAAGCCUCCAUGUACGGGCCACCACACGCCUCCGUCAAUGACACCGCCGCCGCCGUACACCACCACCACCACCACCACCACCACCACCAUGACGACGACGACGACAACGACGACGAUGUUGUUGACUGCUCUAAUGGGAAGGAUCCUAUCGCCAGCCCCCCUUCUCAGAUCCGCUACGACCCCUCCAACACCGCCCACUCGCCCCACGCGCUUGCCAUCGACACCGUAGGCCCUCCGCCUCUCUUCGGCUCCGAUAUUCCUCCCGCCGCGGCUCCAGCUUCCGGGGAUGGUGGCGCCGACCAGCUUACGCUUUCGUUUCAGGGAGAGGUCUUCGUUUUCGAUUCGGUUUCUCCUGAAAAGGUUCAGGCAGUUUUGUUAUUAUUGGGUGGGUAUGAAGUGCCUACAGGUAUUCCUACUGCAGGAAUGGCUCAAAACCAUAGGAAUUUGGGUGGUGAUUACCCUGUGAGAUCUAGUCAGUCGCAAAGGGCCGCCUCGUUGAAUCGGUUUAGAGAGAAGCGGAAAGAACGGUGUUACGAUAAAAAGAUUCGAUAUACAGUUCGGAAGGAAGUUGCUCUCAGGAUGCAGCGCAAGAAAGGCCAGUUUACGUCAUCCAAGUCAACAUCUGAAGAACCAGGAUCAUCUGCUGCAGCUGAUGGGAAUGGAAGCUCUGGCCAAGAGGAGCAGGAGACCUUAUGUAGACAUUGUGGGAUUAGCUCCAAGUCCACUCCAAUGAUGCGGCGGGGACCAGAUGGGCCAAGAACUCUGUGUAAUGCAUGUGGUCUCAAGUGGGCCAACAAGGGAGUCUUGAGAGGUCUUUCAAAAGUUCCAAUUGUCGGAGGAAUGCAAUCCAAUGCUAUGAAGCCCAGUUGUGAAAUAAAUGCUGAGGAUUCUGCAAUGCCUCCUACCAAUGUCAUCAUGACCUCUAGCGGUGAUAACUAAUCCUCGGUUAGACAGCUUUACAUGAAGCGGCCUUACCCUGCAGCCCUUGAAUCAUCAAAUCUCUCAUUCAAAUUGGUGCGCAACCAAGUUGUACGAUAUCUUUAUGAGAUUGUACAUAUAGCAUAUAGGCAUGAAUCACAUUAGGGGUCCUCUGUAUCCCGUCCCUAUCCACCCAUGUUAGUAUGAUGAUACAUAUCUCCUCCCUGUUUAUGUUGGAAUUGGAUUUGAAGAGUCGAUACAUUUGUUGCGAAAAUGCAUGCUGCCUGCCUGCUAACAGCAAUGAGGAGGAAUUGUACCGGUCGCCAUUGCGCGUUGAGUUGAGCUGAUUGAGUACUUUCAGUUGUCUGUGCAGGAAAGGUAAGAAGUCGCGAAAUAUUGCUUACAGAAUGCGUGUUGUGUGUGCUGCCAUUUAUGUGCCGACAUUAGUUGAAACCUCUAAUGUGCUAUUUAAGAAAAUGUAGGUGCUGCUGCA